CCCGGGGACAAGGCCGUGGCCCCGGCGGGCACCAUCAAGUCCAUCAUGAAGAAGAGAGACAGCACCGCUGCUGCCCGCCCCAGCCCGGUACCCAAGAGCCUGCAGUUCGUUGGCGUAGUCAACGGAGAGUACGAGAGCUCGUCCAGCGAGGACGACAGCGACAGCAGCGACAGCCAAGACGGCGCCCCGAAGCCCCCGAGGAGCAGCUCUUCGGGCUCGGGGGACGAAAGCGGUGGCGAUGUUGGUGACCCGGGGCCAGAGGCAAAGGCGGAAGCAGAGCCCCAGCCCGGGACCCAGGGAGGGUACGAGCUGGGCCAGCGGUUGCGCGAGGCUUGCGCUGCGCUGCUGAGACAGCUGAGCCGACCCCACGGAGUGGCCCGCGACAGCAACGCGGCGCUCCUGGUGGCCCAGGAAUGGUUCCGGGUGUCCAGCCAGCGGGGUUCCCAGGCCGAGAUGGUGGCCGCGGCGCUGCGCUGGCUGGCGCGCCUGGGACUCCCGCUGCUGAAGCACGUGGUGAACCUGGCGGAUGACGACGGGAACACGGCCCUGCACUACAGUGUGUCCCACGGGAACCUGACCAUCUCGAGCCUGCUGCUGGACACCGGAGUCUGUGAGGUCAGCUGCCAGAACCGCGCCGGCUACUCGGCCCUCAUGCUGGCCGCACUCACCUCUGCGGAGCCAGAGGACAUGGCUGUGGUCCGGAGGCUCUUCAGGAUGGGUGACAUCAAUGCCAAGGCCAGCCAGACUGAACAGACGGCCCUCAUGCUGGCCAUCAGCCAUGGCCGCCAGGAUAUGGUAGCAGCCCUGCUGGAAUGCGGAGCUGAUGUGAACGCACAGGACGCAGAUGGUGCCACAGCACUCAUGUGCGCCAGCAAGUGCGGGCACCUGGACACCGUCCGGCUGCUGCUGGCCCAGCCAGGCUGUGACCCUGCCAUCCUGGACAGUGAGGGCACUAGCGCCCUGGCCAUAGCCCUGGAGGCGGAGCAGGAUGAGGUGGCCGCUCUGCUCCACGCCCACCUGAGCUCCAACCAGCCUGGUUCCCAGAACCAGUCACCCCUAGACUCUCCUGCAGCCACACCCAGUGAAGGUGAGUGCAGUGAGGUCAGACAGGACUCCCAGCCUCAAUGAGCAGCCAGCAACACCGGACCGGACUCCGGGAGCUCCUUCCCUCCCCACCUCAGCACCUGGAUCACACACCCAUCCACUCUCUCCAACUCUUUUCCUAAUAAAACACUGCU